AUGGAUGUCGCAAAUGCUGCCUCCUCGGCCAUGGAAUUGCGCCGUCAGGGCGAGUCGACCCGGGCCUCGCUCCAAUCCGGCCAUCGACCGCCAGAGGACGGGCCGCGAGCAGGCCACGGGAGACAGGAGUUCUCGCUGCCGCCCGUCGACGGGGGCAAGGACGCGUGCUUCUUUCUCGCCGCCUGUUUCUUCGUCGAAGCCUUGACAUGGGGCUUCCCGUUUUCCUUUGGAGUCUUCCAGGACUACUACAGCACACACGAGCCGUUCGCGGCGUCCAGCCAGAUUCCCAUCAUCGGUACCUGUGCCAUGGGCAUCAUGUAUCUCGACAUCCCCAUCGUCAUGGGCAUCCAGAGAAUGUACCCCCGCUUCAGCAGAUGGUCACCCAUCAUGGGCCUCCUCUUCAUGUGCGCCUCCCUGACGGCCAGCUCCCUGUCCCAAAACGUCGGCCACCUCAUCCUCACCCAGGGCGUGCUCUACGCCGUCGGCGGCUCCGUCGCCUACUGUCCGUGCCUGCUCUACAUGGACGAGUGGUUCGCCAGGCGCAAGGGUCUCGCCUACGGCAUCAUGUGGUCGGGCACGGGGCUGGCGGGCUUCUCCCUGCCCCUUGUUCUCGAGUUCCUCCUGCACAAGUACGGCUUCCGCACGACCCUUCGCAUCUGGGCUGCCGCGCUGCUCCUCCUCACCAUGCCGCUUGCCUUCUUCAUCAGGCCCCGGCUGCCGCGGGCCGCCACGACACACAUCAAGCCCUUCAAGUUUGGCUUUGCCUUGACCAGGACCUUUGUGCUGCAUCAGAUUGCGAAUACCGUCCAGGCGCUGGGCUUCUUCCUGCCGGGCAUCUACUUACCCACGUAUGCGAGAUCCAUCGGCGCGAGCACCUUCAUGUCUGCCUUGACCUUGUUGCUCGUCAAUGUUGCUUCCACGUUUGGCUGCGCCCUCAUGGGCUUCCUGACGGACCAUUUGCAUGUCACCACGUGUUUGGUGAUUUCGGCCGCUGGCGCGGGACUGGGGACGCUUUUGCUAUGGGGCUUCGCCAACUCCAUCCCCGUCCUGUUUGUCUUCUGCGUCGUGUAUGGUCUCUUUGCGGGCCCGUACGCGUCUGCCUGGACGGGCAUCAUGAGGGACGUCGCUACUGAGAUGGCCACCCGCCGCGGCGUCGGAGGGGGAAGCUCGUUUGACCCUACCAUGGUUAUUGGUGUUCUCUCCACGGGGAGAGGAGUCGGGAAUAUCGUGUCGGGCCCGUUGAGUCAGGUCCUGGUCAGGGCCAUGCCGUGGAAGGGACAACUCCUAGGUGCUUAUGGGACGGGCUACGGUCCUUUGAUCGCCUUUACCGGUGUGACGGCGGUUAUGAGUGGUGCGACGUUUGUAUGGCGCCGACUUGGCUGGAUGUAG